UGUUAAUGUUGGCGGUUGGUCGGCCAUCUGCCAAUGUUUCAGCCAGAGCCACGUCAUAUUUGUGUAUUGUGUAGUCGGAUCGGCGAGGCACAUUUCUCGCAUUUUUCCACAGAAAUCAGUGCGAAUUGAAACGAAGACAUGAAUAUAUUCCGACUCUUUGGUGACCUCUCGCAUCUUCUGGCUAUUAUUAUUCUUCUCCUCAAGAUAUGGAAGACGAGAAGCUGUGCCGGUAUAAGCGGCAAAUCACAAAUUUUAUUCGCAAUUGUAUACACUUCUCGUUACCUCGACUUGAUGACCACAUACAUCUCAGCGUACAAUACGUUUAUGAAGAUCGUGUUCGUCGCUACUUCUUAUGCCACUGUCUUCCUGAUGUAUAUGAAGUUUAAGGCUACUUAUGAUCGUAACCACGAUACGUUUAGAAUUGAGUUUUUAAUUGUGCCUGCAGUCAUCCUAGCCCUUGUGAUAAAUCAAGAGUUCACUGUUCUGGAAGUGCUGUGGACAUUUAGCAUUUACUUGGAAUCGGUAGCAAUUCUACCCCAGCUUUUCUUAGUGUCGAAGACAGGAGAAGCAGAAAGCAUUACGAGCCAUUAUCUCUUUGCUCUCGGAUCAUACAGAGCUUUGUACCUUCUCAAUUGGGUGUACCGUUAUUAUGCUGAAGAUCAUUAUGAUUUAAUUGCCAUAGUUGCAGGAUUAGUACAAACUGUUCUUUACUGUGACUUUUUUUACCUUUACAUUACCAAAGUACUCAAGGGAAAGAAGCUGCAAUUGCCAGCUUAGCUAGUUAUGAGUAUUAUAAUAUCAGGUACCACAAAACUGCCCAUCGUCGUCGACAUAGUCGAUCGAGUCUCAUUAGCGUAACGUGAACGCCAAUGUGAAUGCAAACGCUGAGGCAAGUGUGAAACGCGCGCACACAGAAGAAUACAUUCGGCCGAGACUGAUGCCACUUGAUUCUCUACUCUUGUUUCCUUUCUCCAUCUCCUCAUCCCUAAUAUCUUUGUUUUGUUAUCAUCUGAGUAUUCUGCGCGUUCCCUCAAUGGCGCUGUACAUAAUAACGAUGUAUCAGUGAAGAACGGUCAAUCCGUGUCUUCCCGACAACGUCAUCGCGUCUCGUGUCAUCCUAAACCUUGGUCUAUAGUAAAUUUGUAUACUGACGAUCAGAGUGAAAAAGGAACGAGUAGAAUAAAUUUCUGUCUAUCCAUA